AUGUCUACAGCACGAUACCGGGGAGGUCGCGGCAGAGGAGGAUUCCGAGGCGGACGAGGCGGAGCACGAGCGGGAGGGUCCAUCACACCACUGAAAGGGAAGUUCGAGAAUGGAAUCUGGCACUGCAACUGCUCGCCGAGACUACCUGCGUGAGUCCCCGAUAACACUGACGAGUUCUCGGACAAAAAAACAUGGGCUGACAAGCCAAUGUUCCAGGGAGCAUUUCAAAGUGAAGAAGGAGUCCAAGAAUCAGGGAAGAUGGUUCUACACCUGCCAAUUGGGAGAGGGCAAACGAUGUGAUUUCUUCCUCUGGGACGAAGAUGCGAAACUCCGCACCGAGGCGGCGGUCAUGAGCAACAGCCGGACGGAGCCGCAAAGAGCAUCGCAUGUACAGGAAGGGUGGAACGCCGGGCGGACGGCUACGCCAGCAGUGGCAGAGGGUCGAGGACUCUUCUCUACGCCCGCACGGGGUGGACCGGCUAUUAGGGAGGACUCUCCCACGCCCACGCCCUCUCCGACGCCCCCUACCAACAGCAGUCGGAAGCGCAAUGCGGCCGAAGCGAAGCUGGACGACGAGGACGCCUCCCAGCCAUGGUCCCUGAAUGGAGACGAGGAAGAAGAACUCUUGCGGGUAGCGAGCAGCUCGGAGUCCACGACGCCGCGGUCCAAGGCUCCUAAGACGGGUGUCUACGCUACACCUGCGACGACCGGGAGGAAGAGCCCGAGGACGAUCCCAUGGCUGCAGCAACCGGAACCGGCGACACCCGGGACUUCCAAGAAGACGGUUGUGGACUACUUCGACACCCCCUCCAAACCUCCCUCCAAGACGGUGACAUUUCAAGAUCCUCCUCCCACAACGUCAACAUCAUCCCCCUCAACCCCCAAGCCGAUCGUGCAAGACAUCCCCUCCCCCUCCCUCUCCUCAGCAAGACCCCCCGCCGCCCCCUCCUCCCCCUCCCCACCCGCCCGCUACAAAGACGCCCUCUCCCACCCCGCCGAAGCCCCCAGCUCCCUGACGCACCAAGUCCUCUCCUGCCUCACCACCCUCCCCCUGCCUCCCGAGAAACUUUCCCACCUCCGCGGUAUCCUCACGCGACACGAUCUCCGCACCCAGGGCGUGACGAAAGGUCGCGAGAUCUCACGCCUCGCCGUGCGCGCCAAAGAGGCCAAGAUCGCCGAGCUCGAAGCGCGGAUUGCCAGUCUGGAAGCCGCGCGGGAGGUGGAUCGGAGCGUGAUUGCGAGGUUGAGGUGGAAGCGGGAGUCCGGGGGGACGACGAUGCAGGAGGAGGAUGGGGAUUGGGAGGAGGAAAGUCAGCUGUGA